AUGGUCUCUGAAAGUGAACAAGUUGUACGCUCAUCAUCAAACGAUGUCUAUGAAGAUAAUCAAGCUAUGAAAAAUGAUAGCAGUGAAGAUUUAGGUAAAAUUUAUACAAGUGGUGAAAAUAAUGAAUAUGUUUACAUUGGCAGAACAAAAUUUUUAAAAGCUGACUUGUAUGAUGCUUUUGGUGGUACUUUACAACCAGGUUUAGCUCCACCAUCAUCCCACAAGUUUGCAAACCCUGCUCCGUUAGGAUUAUCAGCUUUCGCUUUAACAACUUUUGUAUUAUCAAUGUUUAAUGCAAGAGCACAAGGUAUCACCACACCAAAUGUUGUGGUUGGUUUGGCAAUGUUUUACGGUGGUUUAGUUCAAUUAAUUGCGGGCAUUUGGGAAAUUGCUCUAGAAAAUACUUUUGGUGGUACAGCAUUAUGUUCUUAUGGUGGGUUUUGGUUAAGUUUUGGUGCAAUUCAUAUUCCAUGGUUUGGUAUUUUAUCUGCUUACGAAGGUAAAGAAGCGCAAUUACAAGAUGCAUUAGGAUUUUAUUUAUUAGGUUGGGCAAUUUUUACAUUUGGGUUAACUAUCUGUACUAUGAAAUCCACAGUAAUGUUCUUUGCAUUAUUCUUUUUAUUAGCUGUUACAUUCUUAUUAUUGUCCAUUGGUGAAUUCGCUGCAAGUGUUGGAUCGACAAGAGCCGGCGGUGUGUUAGGAGUCAUUGUAGCUUUCAUUGCAUGGUAUAAUGCAUAUGCGGGUGUCGCAACAAGACAAAAUUCGUAUGUUUUAGCUCGUCCUUUCGCACUACCAACUAAUGAUCACGUUCUGAUUUAA